AUGGCAAGUUCAAAAACAAACUUCUUCGCUCCGCGUAAUAUCGAUGGCCUAUCGUUAAUAGUGGAAAUGUGGCGUAGAAGGCGCGUGUUUCGCGCCUCUGUCAAGAAGCCGCCAUUAUGGGGAGAUCGAGGGGAUGUCGAAGAAAAAAAUGGUGGCCGGUGGCCGCUGGAACUUGCACAGCUGGGCAUCAGGCCGUGCGACAUCUCGCGACAGCUGCGGGUCAGCCAUGGUUGUGUCAGCAAGAUUUUGGCUCGAUACCACGAGACAGGCAGCAUAUUGCCUGGUGCGAUCGGUGGCAGCAAACCCCGUGUCACCACCCCAAAAGUGGUGCAGUAUAUCAAACAAUUGAAGCUAAAGGAUCCUGGUAUCUUCGCAUGGGAGAUUAGGGAUCGUUUACUGUCGGAUGGCGUAUGCGACAAAUACAACGUGCCAUCGGUGAGCAGCAUCUCGAGGAUAUUGAGGAACAAAGUCGGCGCGGCGACCGCGAUUCAUCAUCAUCCCCAUCAUCCGGCGCAUCAUCACCAUCAUCAUCACUUGUACGCGGCCGCAGCCGCGGCUGGAGCUGCCCUCUGUCCUGUCCCGUAUCCACCGACGCCUUAUCACGCGACGCCGCCGCCCGCUGUAACGCAUCAUCACCACCAUCAUCAUCAUCAAGUUGGGCCGACGACGCCGGGCAAGCUGUCACCGUCCUCUCCGACCGCUAUUCACGCUGGCAUUGGCCAUCAGACGACCACUUCCGCCGGUCUGCAGUGGCCAAGUCCUCACACAGUUCACGACAUCCUCGCCAGCAAUUCGCAGUCGUCUCCGUCGCCGACGUCGCCAUUGUGCGCUACGGUGAACAAUAAUCAUCACCACGGUCAUCAUCAUCAUCACCAGAGCAACGACAACGCUACCGGCAACAAUAAUAACGAGGAAACUGGCGGUUAUCAUCAUCCGCACCAUCAUCAUCACCAUCAUCAGCAAUAUUACGCGUCCGCUCUAUACCAUCAUCAUCAUCACCACCACUCGGACACCGUGACCUCUGUAGCGACUACAUCGCCGGUGCUCGCUGUACAAUCGAUCAUGAUGCAGUCGUCAGCGACGAACAGUCAGCCGGCUAGUCCCUGUAAUUAA